GAUGGCUCUUCAAGCCUUUAGUCACAUUCGGAGUCAUGAUCGGCUUUUCAAAAUGUUUGCAGGCUGGUGCUUUCACGGUAAUCGCGCUAUGCCAUGGUGUUCUCGGGCAAGUCUGUGAUUUUCCGGGCAAAGGGCUUUUGAUCAAGCAGCCUGGCGAUGCCGACGCUUUACGAAACUGCCGUGAAGUGAACGGCAACCUGGUCAUUUCCCCAGUGCACUCUGCCGAUAUCGAUCUCAGUGGCCCAGAGGUCAUUCACGGCAGUAUCUUUGGGGACGAGUACCAUUCAUACUCGAACAGCAGUGUCAAUAUUGCAUCCACCACCUUGACAAGGGUCGACGGCCACCUGACCAUAAUUGGCAGAUGGUACAUAACGUCCAUUCAAAACCUCAGCUUUCCAAAUCUCCAAACCGUUGGUGGUACGUUCGCUCUUCAGCGCCCAUACGGCCUUACCUACGUCGACGUCACAAAUCUUCACACAGUUGGAUCGAUCGAAAUAAUAGCACCGGAGCUUUCUACUUUGAAGCAUACAGCGCUGAGGAGCGUUGGUCCUAGCUACGAUACUCAGAAGAUUGCUCGGACAUAUGGGCUUCAGAACGGCAUCCUGAUCGGCACCACAAGCCUAGAGUCGGUCGACAGCAUCUUCAACAACAACAUCAAAGUCGAAUCCGCCUCUUUCACCGCGUCUACAAGGGUAAAGCGACUUGUUGUGGGGUUCAAAGAGUCGGCCAAGCUUGUAAUAUAUGGAGCCGAUGACGCCGACGCCGGACAACUCGAAGUUGUUCUCGGCGGCGAAUCUACGACUUCGAUGCACAUUGGUGAGAUGCAGAUGCAGUAUGCUAUAUCGGGCUUUCGACGCAGCCCCAAUUUGCAAAACUUGACUGCCGACAAGUAUUAUUCAGCCUUUACCAACAUGACACAUUUGCACCUACCCUUUGACCAACUUGGCUCGCUUUACCUAGAAGCGGAGGAAUACAUGACAUGGGUCUCUGUUCCACCACAAGCAGCACAAUGGUCCAACUUCAGCCUCACCAUUUCCCGGACCGAAGUCAACUUGACGUCAGAGUACAUGCCUGACGAGAAGGGCGGGUGGGUCAGAUCAUGGUACUGGCCACAGAAAGAUAUGUUCUCGGUCGAUAUCGGGAGUGGCAACUUGACGCCCGCGUUUUUCGAAUCGUUCUUGGAGUACCAAAAAGCCACAGUCAACACGACGAGCCAACCCAAGGUCCUGCAUGAAUUCAGGCUCAAUCCAUACAACAUAGCUACGUUUGACUGUGAGCCUUUCAAAAAGCUGGCUGAACAAGGAAUCAUCGGCGGUCUUGGGUGCUACUCGUGGCGAAAGGAUAGCUCUGCCUACUCGUGGCGAGAAACCUCAGUGCUCAGUAGUACCUGGUCAGCUGUCGCCAUCGCCGCAAUUGUGUACUUUACAGCUUUGUAGACAAUAAUUUGUAUCAAGUAUCUUUGAGCAAUGGGAGAUCGUUGUAAU